GAGGCAGAGGUCGGUCGGUAGCUCGCUCGUUAGCUGGGACGAUCUAGGGCGGUCGGCGGGCAGGUCAGUCGCGAUAGUCGGGCGCCGUACAGGGGCGAGGCUAUGUCGCGGUGGCAGCCCGGAUGGGCCGGCACGGCCAGGAGUAACGGGAUGUCGCCGCGGAGCUUCUUCCCCCGGAUACAGUACGCCCCGAGCGGAGGCCGCGGCGCCGCCCUCCGGUUCUGAGGAUCCCACGCUGCCCGGAACCCGCACGGCCUUCUCACCCGCACGAAGACCAACCGACCUGACCCGGCUUGGCUCUGCCCUGCCAGACAGAGCGCAGCGUAAGUAGCACUAGCCUCUCGCAGCACGGGACCCCCUCUCCAAGGACAUGAAGCUGUUGGAGAACUCGAGCUUUGAGGCCAUCAACUCACAGCUGACUGUGGAGACAGGAGAUGCCCACAUCAUUGGCAGGAUUGAGAGCUACUCAUGUAAGAUGGCAGGAGAUGACAAGCACAUGUUCAAGCAGUUCUGCCAGGAGGGCCAACCACAUGUGCUGGAGGCACUGUCCCCACCCCAGACCUCGGGCCUCAGCCCCAGCAGACUGAGCAAGAGCCAAGGUGGCGAGGAUGAGGGCCCCCUCAGUGACAAGUGCAGCCGCAAGACCCUCUUCUACUUGAUCGCCACACUCAACGAGUCCUUCCGCCCUGACUAUGACUUCAGCACUGCACGAAGCCACGAGUUCAGCCGGGAGCCUAGCCUCAGCUGGGUGGUGAAUGCAGUCAACUGCAGUCUGUUCUCGGCUGUGCGGGAGGACUUCAAGGCCCUGAAGCCACAGCUGUGGAAUGCAGUAGAUGAGGAGAUCUGCCUGGCCGAAUGUGACAUCUACAGCUACAACCCGGACUUGGACUCAGACCCCUUUGGAGAGGAUGGCAGCCUUUGGUCCUUUAACUACUUUUUCUACAAUAAGCGGCUUAAGCGGAUUGUCUUCUUCAGCUGUCGCUCCAUCAGUGGAUCCACGUACACACCCUCAGAGGUGGGCAAUGAACUGGACAUGGAGCUGGGGGAGGAGGAGGAAGAGCUCAGAGACGGCGGCAGUGAGGGCGGAUCUAAGGCCAGCCCCAUGGAGGACAGAGUCCCAGUAAUCUGUAUGUGAGGAGAAGCAGAGGCCCACGCUUCAUCCAGCUCCAACCAGUGCCUGGACCUGCCCACCCGAGGGGCCCCAGGCCCUCCCCAGCUGCUGGCCAGACCCUGGCGCUGCCCACUUAGCCCUUUGGUUCCAGCCUAUGGAUGGUCACUCACCCCCCCAGACUCUGCUGCCCACAUUGUGGCUGUACGGGACAGACAGCACAGGGCCUGGUGGGAACAGCCACUGCCCUGCCCAAACGAACUGACACAAACAGGAACAGCUGAACCACAGAGUUUAUUUUUGUAUUUUGUACUCUGAUCCUUCACACUCCAGCCCAAGGAGCCUGAGACCCAGCAAGCAGGCCCCAACAGUCAUUCGCCCUGGGCUUGGGCCACCUCUUGGCGCCCGCCUGUACUCCCCACCUUGCCUGUUGGGCAGCGUGCACUGAGUGUCACUUUGCUGCAGCUUGUUUGUUUCCAAUAAAAGUUUAUGUGACUUACUGUG